AAAAAAGAGAAAGCUUAAAGAGAGAGAGAGAGAGAGAUCAAAGAAGAAGAAGAAGAACAGAGACACACUGUGAGAGUAACGCCGUUAAAUUUUGCAUAUGAAAGCGCAAAACCAUGGUAUCUGACCAAGAAAUAGCAAGAGGUGUUGAGAUUUUGCUCCGUCAAUUAGACCCUAACGCCGUUACAUCAUUAAACGGCGUCGUACAACAACUUGGAGCGAAACUUGGACAAGACCUUUCACACAAAACGGAGUUUAUCAGUAAUACCAUCAGCCUUCUCAGAUCACAGUCACAACAACAAAAACAACAACAACAAUAUCCUUCAAUGGUUAAAGACCAUUUUGCCCUCUUGAAUCACCCCCAGUUUGCUAAUAACAGUCAAGCUCAACAGCAGCUUUAUUCCCAUUUUGCCCUUCAACAACAACAACAACAACAUUACCAACAGCAACUCUACUUUCAGCAUCAUGUGCAGCCGCAGCAGCAGCGGCAACCGCCGCCGGUGGUGGUGAGAACGGCUGCUGCUGCUCCAGCUCAGCAUGUGUCGUCAAAUGUCGCUUCUACCCCUAAGGAAAGUGCUACUUCUGGAACAAAAAGGAGAGGCGGACCAGGCGGUCUAAACAAAGUCUGUGGUGUUUCACCUGAGCUUCAGGCCAUUGUUGGUCAACCCGCGAUGCCCAGGACAGAGAUUGUGAAGCAGCUGUGGGUGUACAUCAGGAAACACAACUUACAGGAUCCUGGUAACAAACGAAAGAUUAUCUGCAAUGAUGCUUUGCGAGCACUCUUUGAAACAGACUGCACCGAUAUGUUCAAGAUGAAUAAGCUGCUGGCUAAACAUAUUACGGCACUAGAUCCUUCAAAACAAGCUGAGCAAGCUAAAAGAUUGAAGGUUGAAGCUGAUUCUGUGGCUGCUAAGGUUGAACAACAUGGUUCAUCCACUGUUACAAUAUCUGAUGCGCUCGCCAAAUUUUUUGGAAGUGAAGAAAAGGAGAUGCUCCAAACAGAGGCUGUGAAACGUAUUUGGGAGUAUAUAAAGCUUAACCAACUUGAGGAUGCUGUAAAUUCUAUGGUGAUUGUGUGUGACGCAAAGCUUCAAGAACUCCUACAAUGUGAAAGCAUUUCUGCUGCAGAAAUACCUGAGAUGCUGGCACGUCGUCAUUUUGUCUAGCAAUGACUAUGUGUCUACGUCACUAUGAUAGGUAUUUCAGGUCAUAGCUGUCCAGUUGGUUGAUGACACACUAAUGUUUCCGAAGAUGUAUCUUGGUUUUUAGGUAAUUUUAGUUUCUUAACGUAGUUAGACUUAUGGUAUGUAAUUAGAAAUCUGGAUUGAUCUGCCCCCGGGCUUAUGGCAGAAGGAUGUUUUUGUAAUUAUGCCACGGCCUCAGUCUAGGUUCACUAGUUCCUUUGUUCUUGUAAAAUCCUGGCAUUCUUAAUAUAUGGAUAGUAGGAACAUUAACAGAUUCUUAGCUUGUUCGAACACUUUGGAAUUAAGAUGUACAUGUCAGGUCUACAAUAUACAUUGGAGGGUAUAUUUCUUUUUCGUCUUUGAUAUAAAAUUUCCGUCACUUAUUGCUUU